GGGCAUUCCACGCCUUUGAUAAAGAUGGAGAUGGUAUCAUUAAACUCAACGUCUUGGAGGUGUUUGGUCAAUCCCGACACCGGCCCUGGGCGGCAGGGCAUGCUACACGCCCAAGGCUUCAAGGCUUGUGCCACGUGCCGCAAGCCUAUGCCGAUAAGCAAUCCCCACGACUCGUGCCUCCGUUGCCUGGGGGAAGCACACCAAAAAGAGCGCUGCAAGAUCUGUAAGGCCUUCAAGCCCAGGACUAAGAAAGAGAGAGACUUUCGCCUUAAGCAGCUGCUCAUGGAGGCUGCAUUACAGCCCUCCACUUCGACACAUCAGGCCGCGGCACCGUCAACUUCGGUGCGGAGUGCCCCGGCAUCGGUUCGUGAUCUGGCACCAGCGGGGCACCCUAAGCCUACGGCACCGACACAGCAGGACCACCCCCGGCACCGGUCAUCUUUGCCGGCAAAAUCGAAGGGCCAACCCAAGGCCCGAGGACGCUCCCCACAUAAGAGGGUAGUGCCCGCGAAGACCUCGAGUGCGCCUAAGGGCGUGGCGGCCCCAGGACAGAUCCCAGUGCCAGUGGCUCCGGCGCCUAAAGGCCUGUCGAGCCCCAGGAUAGGCGCAUCGAGUGAGGAGGAAGGGCUGGAGGAGCUUUUGGAACAGCCCUCCACCCCGGACACAUUUGAGGCAGCAAAGGACCUCAUCGAAUUGUCCGCUGAGGGCCUCCUCCAAGCCAAAGAUAAUCCACCAAGACUGCCAUCCAGAGGCAAGCCAGUAAUGGUGCGCCCAUCACGGUCACCAUCUUGGCACCAUUCAUGGCGCCGAUGCCGGUCGAGCUCCACCUCGGUGGACUCCCGGCUACCUUCGGCGCAGAGGGCCGCACAGCCGUCAGGCCCCAAUAAGCGCCCGGCACCGACUCAGCAGCCCUACUCGAGUAGGCACCGGGACGUGUCGCCACGCGAUCCCCAAGACCGACCACUCGCAGUCGUUCCCGGUCCCGAGGUCACUGGUACCAGUCCAGGUCGGCAAGACGCUACUCCCUGUCCCGGUCACGGAGGUACUACUCUCUGACCCCGGACCGGCACCGUCCCACGGCACCACCGUGGCAUCCAGGUCACCGUCCGUGGUUUCGGAGGCAGACUCGGGCCAUUCCAGCAGAUUUACCCACAGGGAACAUGAAGCCACUUGGCACCCACAGUAGGGCCAGCCAGGACAAUGGCCAUUCUGGACCCCUUGGGCCUACCACCAGCAAGGCCCCCCCAUCCAGGACCUCGAGAUCUGGCUCCUCGGGACACCGCUCCCGCUCCCCGCAGGGGCGCCCCUCCUCUCGCAAGGAGGCCACGGUCUCCAGACCACCGGAGCGAGAAAGAGCCGACUUGGCACCGAGCCUGGCACCGUCUCAGACCCACAUUAUAGGACAGACCCCAGAGGAGCGCCCAGUCGGUGAGGAAUUGCAGGAAGAGGAGGACGCACAGAAGGCCCUAACCUCCUCCUCCUCACCAGAUGAAGCCGUGGCGGGCACGACAGUGUCCGGCCCUCCCCCGAUUGACCAUCGGGCGCACCAGGAACUGCUCCCCCAAGUAGCCCUCAAUCUGGGGUUGCAGGCGGAGGAGACGGUAGAGCAGGAGGACCCCAUGGUUGACGUCCUAAGCCUGGAAGGCCCCUCCAGGAUCGCACUCCCGCUCAUAAAAACAGUACAGUCUAACUAUAAGACAGUAUGGCAAACACCGGCCUCCAGUGCACCAACUGCGAAAGGCGUAGAGAGGAAGUACUUCGCCCCCUCCAAGGGGUUCGACUUCCUCUUUUCUCACCCAACACCCUGUUCACUGGUCGUCUCUGCGGUCAACGAACGAGAGCAGCAUGGCCAGCAAGCCCCGGCCCCCAAGGCCAAGGAGGCAAAGCGCUUGGACUUAUUUGGUAGGAAGGUCUACUCGUCUGGGGGCCUCCAGUUGAGGAUCACUAACCAACAAGUGAUUCUGAAGAGACACAAUUUCAAUUCUUGGGCAUCAGUCUCCAAGUUUAAGGACUCCCUGCCCCAGGGUUCACAACCCGAGUUCGCUGCCUUAGUGGACGAAGGGAAGGCAGUAGCCAAAACCUCUCUGCAGGCCUCCCUUGACUCCGCGGACACAGCUGCCAGGACAAUCGCGUCAGGAGUGGUGAUGAGGCGCUCGGCAUGGCUACAGGCUUCUGGCCUUCCCCCAGAGGUGCAAAACACCUUGCAAGACCUCCCGUUUGAUGGGUCAGGCUUGUUCUCAGACCAGACCAAAUGGUAAUAUGUACCAGAUUACAUAGCCUCAAAGACUCUCGAGCAACCCUCAAGUCGUUGGGAAUGCACACCCCAGUGACACAGAGGAAACCCUUUAAGCCACAACCACCGCAGAGGCAAUACCACCCUCGUCCUAGACAGGAACCAUACCGCAGAAGGGGCAGGGAUAACAGGCGUAGACGGAACAACACGCCUAACCAGGGCCAAAGCCAAGGCCAAGGCAAGCUGCAGCCGGGAAAUAAGCAAGGGUUUUGAAGCUGCGAUCGAGGACAGCGUACCGACCCUUAUACCGGAUCCUCCGCAAUGUUUCAGGGGCCGCUUGUCCCAUUUUUACCGUGCUUGGUCCUGUAUAACAUUGGACCGCUGGGUCCUUCGCACGGUGGAGGCGGGAUACACCCUUCAGUUCUCCUCGCCCCCUCCCUCCCAUCCCCCAUCCCCGUCCCUCUUCAGGGACCCCUCUCACGAGCAACUCCUUAUGCAGGAGGUGCGGGCCCGCCUCAAAGUAGGAGUGGUGGAAGAGGUCCCUCCGGACCUAAGGGGGAAAGCGUUUUACUCCAGAUAUUUCCUUAUUCCCAAAGCAAAAGGGGGCCUCCGUCCUAUUUUGGACCUCCGCAAACUAAACAAAUUUUUGGUCAAGGCACGUUUUCGUAUGGUCUCCCUUGGCGCUAUUAUCCCAAAAUGCAUGUCCGUGGUGGCAGCCUUUCUUCGAAAAAGAAAGAUGCGGGUAUACCCGUACUUGGACAACUGGCUCCUCGCGGGCAGGUCAGAGGACAAGGUCCACUCCCAUGUGGCACUGGCGUUACAGGUGUUCCGCAAGCUCGGUCUACUGGUCAAUGUACCCAAGUCCUCACUGAUCCCCCUGCAGAGACUGGAUUUCAUAGGAGCAGUCCUGGACUCGGUGGUGGCAUGGACAAGUCUUCCAGUUUCCUGGCCAUUCAAAGGGUCGUAAGCUCCAUCCAACAAUUUCCCACGACCAUGGCCAGAUGCUGUAUGCAACUCCUGGGGCACAUGGCGGCUUGCGCACAUGUAGUCAGACAUGCCCACUAAGACUCAGACCGUUACAGUUGUGGCUAGCCCAAACGUAUCGCCCCAACAGAGACCCCUUGGACCUAGUAGUGACAAUCCCAGCUCGGGUGUCGAACUCCCUCCGCUGGUGGCUCGAUCAGCAGCAAGUUUGCGAAGGGGUCCCUUUCACCACACACAACCCACCCUGACGUUAGUGACAGAUGCGUCGGACCUGGGCUGGGGGGCACACCUACGGGACCUGCAGACCCAGGGCUUAUGGUCCAGGGAAGAAAAGUUGCUCCACAUCAAUCUGAAGGAGUUAAGGGCAGUUCGCCUCGCCUGCCAGACCUUUCACGCUACCGUAGAAGGCCACAGCGUGUCAGUUCUGACGGACAACACUACCGCCAUGUUCUACAUAAACAAGCAGGGCGGGUCCCGAUCCUCUCCCCUCUGUCACGAGGCGCUCCUCCUAUGGGACUUCUGUAUAGCCCAUUCAGUCCAACUACUGGCAGCAUAUCUCCCAGGGGUCCAAAACGGGUUAGCAGACCGCCUCAGCAGGUCGUACCACAUUCAUGAAUGGACGCUGAGAAAGGACGUCCUGCAUUCAAUCUUCCAGAGGUGGGGGUUUCCCCAGGUGGAUCUCUUCGCCACCAAGGACAACAGCCAAUGCCCUCAGUUUUGUUCAUUCCAGAACCUCAG